GGUCCGAGAAACAAUGACAGAGUGGGAGAUCUUUCCGAUCGCCGCUCCGUUUCGAGUAAAGCGAGAGACUAGUGAUGUCAUUGCGGUGACGUGCUGGCGGUGCCUUUUCAGGUCACCAAGGCGAGCGCUGCACCCAGAGGAAGUGUCGUUUCUUCUGGGUUUCUUUGAUAUGGCGUGACUAAAAAAAAAGAAAAAAGAUAAAGAUUUAUUAGUCCCAUUGUACUGCACGCGACGCACAUUAUACUACGUAGGCAUAUUUCCUGCUAGAUAGUCAGCGUCAACGAGGUUUCUGAUGAGAAUUUCAACUUAGUGCGGAGUCUAGUUCUCGGAUUCCGCAAAUGCACCACAAAUGGUAAUAACGCUGAGUGGCAUUCCGCCAUCUGUCUUCAGGCAGAAAGCUACAUGGGAUGCUGAUUCAUGACUCGGGCCAGCUGAAAUGAAUGUAUUGCAGCCACUCUGCGUUAGUCAGUUGUGCAAGGGCAUGAAUGAACCAACAGCCGAUAAAGGAGGAGGCAAGUGUGAACUCUUCCCUCUUUCCUUUAUUUUCUAAAGGACGUGGGGUGUUCCAUUCUCACGUGCCCCCCCAACCCUCCCCGCCUCCUUUGAAAAAAAAAAAAAAUACGGGAGGAGGAGGAGGGUGGAAAAAAAAUGAAGUCAAUUAUACAGGCAGGCUCUCCGAAGUUCCCUCCUCUCCCCUGUAAUACUACUACAGCUGGUGGCUCCACAUGCGCCCCGGCGCUCCGCAGCCUUCUACCGGCACACCGGCUCCAGUCCAUCGGCAUGUCGGCAGUUGGCUCUGACGGGACGGCGGACCGGCCGGCAGAUGCUGCUGCAGAGGAAGACAAGCCAAGCCAAACAGGCUCCUUGUUGCCAGCUGUCGAGCUGCCAAGGAAACGAAAGGGAGACGUGGAGGAGAGGUCAGACACCCUAGUACGGCAAAGCCCCAACUUCCAAAUGGAGGAUGACCUCAGCAGGUCUGAAGGAGAAGAUCAGCAAGUCAAAAUGAAAUGCUUCAGGGAGCCUCACCGGCAGAUUGAAAAGCGACGCAGGGACAAAAUGAACACCCUCAUUGAUGAGCUGUCUGCCAUGAUCCCUGCCUGCCAGCCGAUGGCUCGGAAACUUGACAAACUGACUGUGCUCCGAAAGGCGGUUCAACACCUGAAAACCCUUAAAGCCGGGACGGGCAGCGCCUUCACAGACAUCGACUGCAAGCCUUCCAUCCUGCCUCAGGAUGACAUCAAACACCUCCUCCUCAGGGCUGCAGAAGGUUUCCUGUUGGUUGUUAGUUGUGACCGGGCGAAAAUCCUGUUCAUCUCAGAGUCGGUCUCCAAGAUCCUCAACUUUAGCCGGAUGGAGCUGACUGGUCAGAGCUUGUUUGACUUCAUCCACCCCAAAGACAUCAACAAGGUGAAGGAACAGCUGUCGUCGUCGGAGGUGUACCCACGUCAGCGCCUCAUCGAUGCAGCAACUGGGGUUCAGGUCCAGGUGGACACACCCGUGAGGGCGUCCCACUUGUCCACGGGAGCGCGACGGUCCUUCUUCUGCCGCAUGAAGCACAGUCGAGUGGCAGGGAAGCACGAAGACAAACACUCACUGCCCGGCACUUCCAAAAAGAAAGACGCUUACAGAUACUGUACCCUCCACUGCACUGGAUACAUGCGCAGCUGGCCGAGCAGCCAGCUGGAGACGGACGAAGAGACCGAUAAGGAAACCACCAACCUGACCUGCCUGGUGACGGUGUGCCGCCUCCACCCUCACGUGUCCCACCAUCCUUCCAAAGAGAUCAACACCAAGCCCACAGAGUUCAUCACCCGUUGUGCGAUCGACGGCAAGUUCACUUUUGUAGAUCAACAAGCCACAACGGUCAUUGGUUAUUUACCUCAAGAAGUUCUAGGCACGUCGUGUUACGAGUACUUCCACCAGGACAACCUGCAGCACCUCGCUGAGAAACAUAGGCAAGUUCUUCGAAGCAAAGAGAAGAUUGAGACGCAGUGCUACAAGUUCAAAACAAAAUAUGGCUCCUAUGUUUCACUCCAAAGCCAGUGGUUUAGUUUCACAAACCCAUGGACCAAAGAAGUUGAGUUUAUCGUGUCUUUAAACAGGGUUAUCUCGGGGCCUGGUCACACAAAAGACAAUGAGGAAGCAGGCGGCUCGAAAGCUCUCCAGGUAGACACGAAGCAAAUACCUUUAAUUCCCGGCCUCUCCAGUGGUGUGGGCACGAUGAUCUAUGCAGGCAGUAUAGGGACCCAAAUCGCAAACGAGCUCAUCGACACCUACAGGGUGAACUCGUCUCCGUCAAGUGGAGCUUCCAGUCCGUUUGGCGCAGCCCAGGACAAAUGUCCCCUGGUCUCCCCACAAGCCAGCAGGAGUGCAUCCAGCGGAGAAGAGGCAGCAGGCACUUCAUCACAGUCCCAGUCUGACUCAAGGACGGCGACGGGCGCCAGCAGUGCAACUUCUGAAAGUGCAGGUGAGUCGUCCCAGCUGGACUUGGACAACAUGGUGGUGCCGGGCCUGAGCAGCUUCAGCAGCGACGAGGCAGCUAUGGCGGUCAUCAUGAGCUUGCUGGAGACGGACGUAAACAUGGGUCAAUCGGGGGACUUUGAGGACUUGCACUGGCCUUUCUAGAUAGAGGCCUGGUUUUCAGCCCCUCUCACACACGCUCUUGUGCCGUCUCUUGCCUGCCGAAAACUUGGCCGACCGCUUAAUUCUGAUCUGGGUGAUGACUGACUUGGCCUUGCAACACUGGACUAAUAUCAAAGGCCGUACCAAGUCAUAGCUGAGGAUGAUCACGUGGAAGUUAUAGUUUGUAGGGAAUAUCUUGACUGCGGUUACCUUGUUGGUUUCUCUUAGUUUUGCUUGAAGGAUAGUGAGGUCACAAAAGUGUCUUCCUCAGUGACACUUGAGCAUCGGACUGAGGCUUUCCACGGAAGAACAAUGUAUUUGCUCUGUGACCGAGGUCUGGAGGGGAAUUAGACUCCUGUCAUGGGCAGUGCUGCUAGACAAAACUCCUUAAAACUUUGCAUAACCUUCUGUGAUAACUGACAUGUUUUUUAUAACAUGGCCUGAUUGUUCCUGAUUGUUUUGUACUGAUUUUUUAAAGACACAUUUUAAGUUUAAGGAAAUGGGAUGUGUUUUGUCAAAUAUAAUGUCCAGUCAGUAUUGAACAAGGCUAAAAAAUAACGUUCAGAAUUUAUCCCCUUAAUUGAGAAUUGCAGAUAUGCACCUUUGGAGGCGCCUCUGGCCUCACACCGACACCACUGGUCCAGUUACAUUCCUUUUUUGGAUAUUUCAGCAAGUGCAGUCACAGAAAGCAGUCUGGUUGGUGUAAUAAAGUAAUGACAUAAUAAAACAGCAAAGGCAGAACUUCUAUCUUUUCUAAUUUUAAUCAUCCAUGUUCAAAAAUGAUUCCGACGUGUCUGCUUUUGCACUGCAGCCAUGAGUUACCAGACCACAUACACAACAUAUGCAGUAAAAAAUAUAUGAUGUAAGUGCAAUAAGAGCUGAUUAUAAAUAAAUAAAUUGUUAGGAUAAAGUUUUAUUCGAACUUUAAAUUUUACAUUAUCAUCUGCCGGCACCAUACAAUCAUUUUCCAAUUUCACCUACCUGUGAGAUCUGACGCUGUCAAAAACUACCAAGUGAAUGUUUUUAAAGGAGAAAGCUCUACUCCAAGACAGUUUUUCAUAGAUUAAAUACUUGAAUAUUGAAUCUUGUUUACAGUUUUGGUCCCUGCAUCAAUGGUAGGCAUGUUACAAUAUGGCUGAAUUCGAUCUCACGCUGAUUAGUGCUAAAAGUAAAACAUUUGUUAAACCACUCAAAGCUACCAUUAUGAAAAAGGCUUCAAGCUUCCAAUUGACAGUUUUAUAAGUUAAAAAAAAAAAGAAAAAAAGAAACAUUUUUACACAGAAAAACUUUUUUUGUUAAGUUAAAAUCUAAGGGAAGUAGCCAUAAAGAAAGCAAAUGAGGUGGUCUUUACAUGGAGUGUUUUACAAGUCUGUUUCUAUGUUGAAUGUGCACUCAAGGACUGAGCCCUAGUACGCUUAAACUGUGUGUUCAUGUAUUGAGAUGAGAUACUGUAAUCCAGACAGUUCUGUGAAUCCGAUUUACUGUACCUGGAGAAAUAUGGAAGGCCGACCAUAGAUUGAAGAAUGUUCCCCAGUGUCUUCAGGAGGGACAGAUUUGACAUGGUUGUGUCAUGUCUUGGGAGUCAGUCAUCUUGCAGUUUUUCUCUCUGAAUGUCCACCUAUCACGACAACCUCUUCAAAAUGAAAAUUCAGAAAGAAAGGCAGAGGAAAAAGGAGCUUGGCACAAAGGAGAACACUAAUCUCCUGACAGUGACAUCAGAUGUGGACUGUAGACGGACUGUGUAUUCUUUAUUAACUACGUAAGCAUUUCGCAGUAACGUAGUAUGUGGAUUUAGUUAACCUAGUGACUGGCCUCAAUACAUCACACAGAAACUCUGGUUAUAUCACUGGUUUCCUCAAAUCUUGAAAGUAUAAUGUGAUUCUGUUGCCUUGAACACACGUUGUUUCUGAUGAUGUUCACAAUGCCCAUUUUGGCUUUAAAAGCAAAACUGACAUUAAUUGCUGUUGCCAUUUGUGCCAAAUGGACACUGAAUAUGCCCUGCUAUCAAAAGACAAAAUAUCUUAUGUUUGUUUGUAUGUGAUAAUUGUUGUCGAUGUAGUUGCUGUAACAAGGAAUGCAGGCUGAAGUCUUUGACAGUAAAACUUUCUUUCUUUUU